AUGCUGGGGACGCGGCCGGAUGCGGCGGUGACGGCGGCUGCGGUGGAGAGUCUCCAUGCCCUCACCCGGCGGGAGGCGAGCGCUCGGGCGGCACGGGCCGAGGCUCUGGCUAAUGGGGAGAUUCGGCAGGUGCUGAACACGGUGGCAGAUGCUGCGGCGGCGAGGAGCCUUGCGCCCGAGCAGCUCAAGGCUGUUGUUCAUGACUUGCUCCCGCUGGCAUCGUUCCGGCAUCGGCUGUACUCGGUGCUACCGGCGGUGGCUGCCGACGCGGCAGACGCCUUCACCCUCCCGGAGCGGAUCAAGAUGGGCUGGGUCUUUGUCAAGCUCGGCACGGAUGCGUCGACGGACUCGGGCUAUUUGACGAGCUUGGCCACCGCUGCUGGCCAUGGUGCCGCUGCUGCAGAGCUGGAGCCGAAGGACUCGACGUUGCUGGCAUGGUGCAUGACCAAGGCGGCGGUCGACGCGCCGGCGGCGUUCCGUGCCGAGGCCGAGGCGCGGGCGCGGACGGUGCUUGACGGCGUUCUAAGCUCACUCCCGCAAGUCCUUGAUGCCUACCCACCGCGAUCGGUUCCUGUCCUGCUGUGGUCGAUGGUCAACGCGCGGGCGAGUCCGCGGCAGGAGGCGCUCAACGCGCUGGCGGCGUACGCGGCGAGCCGAGCGGACGCCUUUACUCCGCGCGACCUCAUCAUGACCAUGUGGGGCCUGUGCAAGGUUGGCCACGUCGACGAGAGGCUGCUGGAGCGGAUGGCGGAUCCGGAGCUGGCGCGGUCGCUGCUCUCGUCGUCUGCCGAGGACCUGGUGUUCCUGGUGUGGUGCCUUGGCCAGUCUGCGCCGGGCUCGGUGCCGGCGUUCAAGGCGCAGGCACUGUCUGUCCUGCAGUCGCGAAUGCGUUCGCUGGCGAUGCGGCAGGUGACGCGUGCGCUGUGCGCGGCGGGCCACUUUGAGCCGGACGGGGCGCUGCCUGCGGGGCUUAUUGCCUCGGCUUGCGCGCGCUUCACUGCGCUGGGCGGCGAGGUGAGCUCGGCACAGGAGGCUGCGAACCUGGCGUGGGCGCUGGCGCGCGGAGUGGCUGCAAAGCCGAGCAUUGCGCGGUCGCGCGAGGCCGGCCCGGCGCUGCGGGCAGUGUUUGCGGCGAUUGGUGGAGCGGUGCCGGAGCUGCUGCCGUAUUUUACGCUGCAGGGCCUGGCGAACACGGCGUGGGCGUUUGCCAAGGCUGGAAUGGAUACGUCGCGGACGGUCUCACUACUGGGCGGCGAGCUUGUGGCGCGCGGGAGCGAGGGAGCGUCGCCGUCCGAGGCGGUGAUGACGGCGUGGGCGCUGGCGACGACCGGCGGCGACGCCGAGGCGUACAUGACGCUGGUCGACGACCUGGUGCGCGGCCGGGCGGAUGCUUGCUCAGCGCAAGAGCUCUCGAUCUUGAUCUCGACGCUGCGGCGGGCGCGGUCAGCGCUUGCGCGCGAGACGCCCGAAGUCCACCGAUUUGUGGCCGAGGCACUCGACGAGCUUGCGGUAGUGAUGCGGGCGCGACUGAGCGAGUUUGACGCCCGCUCGCUCUGCACCAACGCCUUUGCCUACGCCAAGGCCAACCAUACGUCGGUCAACCAGUUCCUCCUCUUCUCGGCCAUCCAGAACGAAAUCGCCGCCCGGGCUGACGAGUUGAGCGGACCCGACUGGGCCAACAUUGCGGUGGCAUGCUCGCGAGCAUCGACGUUCUCGCUCGCGUUUUUCGAGACCGUCAUGGGCGCCCUCGUUCCGCAGCUCCCGCGCCUCGGGCCGCAUCCGCUCAAGCAGGUUCUCUCGGCGGCGACGCAGGUCGAGUCGGGCGCCUUUGACGCCCGGCAUCCGAUCUACGCCGCACUCGACGAGACCAUUGCCGCGCGGCUCGAUGAACUCGCGCCCGGCUGGGUGGCCGCUGCCUGCGUCUCCCUUGCACGUGCUGGCGUCGCCUUCCCGGCCACCCGCCGCGCCGUCGAGCAGCGUGUGGCAAGCGGCUCGGCGUCGGCGGUCUCGUUCCCGGUCGCCAUGGGCCUGGCCUGGGCGCUCCACACUGCGCAUCCGGCAUCAGCUGCCGUCAACCCGCUCGUGGAGGCCAUGACCGACGCCCUCGUCUCCAGCGAGCGCCCGGGCGCCGAGCUCCUUGCCCAGCUCUCGACCUCCAACAUGGUCCGAGCCCUGCUUGUCCUCGACUCGGCUGGCGCCCUCUCGGCCUCGCCACACCUUGUCGCUAUGUUCAUCGACGCCAUCCGCAUGCAGGGCGAGUCGUUCUACUCGGGCUUCCUCUCCCGCUCGUCCCUGUUGGCAUCGAUCAGGUCGAGACCUUGCUCCUCCGGCACGGUGCCCGACUCUAAUCGCGCCCGCUUUGUUGUGACUUGGCCUUGGCCUUGGCCUGCCUUGUGCUUGGGCAAACACCUCACUCUCUCCUUGCGAUGAACAACCUACCAACCUAGCUCACCCACUCACUCUCUCUCACGCACACGCACACACACACACACACACACACACGCACACACCCACACACCUGCUCUUGGCACCGUGGCCAAUGAGAAGGAGCCAUGUCGAGGCUUGACCAGUCUCGAUUCGCUCUUGCUGCCUCUGGCCAGCAUCGGCGUUAGCCCCGUGCCGGCUCAAUUCGCAGGCGUGCAAGUGCACACGUGCUGUGCAUUGCACACAGACCCGGUCGCAGUUGGCUUGCGAUCGGGCUCCUGAUGGUCAAACAAACACAGCAAACACAACUGUCUUCAUCAUA